AUGAGCUGGGACAUCUGGAUCUGUUGGAGAGCACCACCACCAACUCACUCUCGGGAGGCUCUUAUCAGCCCGCCACGCGGGGACACGACAAUGGGCGGGAUGUCUCGGAGAACUCGGCGGCAGGACGCUCCUCUUCCACGCAUGAGAACACUCUCUCCAGCAGCAGCAAAAGCAAUGUUGACGAGGCCGUUGUUCAGCAGGACAAAACCUUUGCGCUCUCUCUUUCCGUCGGAGAGGGGGGCCGCUAUUGUCGGGAAGUGCAGCGCAAAGAGCAGGAAGAGGCUAACGCCGCUAAAAAAGAGGCAAAACUCUGCAAAAAGCUUCGGAAGGCUGCGUCCUCGCCACAUUACUAUGAGCCCGAAAAUGCGACCCCCAAGAACAUCCUCGCACGACAAGAGCAGGUACUCACAAAUUAUAAGUGUAUGGUUCCUAGUUUUAGUUUUUCACCUCUGAAGUUCUAAGGUUAUCCCAUGAAACAAUAAGUAUAUAGUAGUUUCUAGUUAUUGUGCGUGUGACAGUGUCGUGGUAGUGAAGUGACUGGUUGUGCUGAAUUCUCAAUUUGAAUAUUUAGUUAUUUGGGAAGUAGAGUUUUUACUUACUUACACGGUAAUCUGGUGUUCCUUUCUAACAUGGAUGAAUUCGUGAUGUUUUUACCCAAUAAUUGCGGACUAUGACGAGGAGCACAUGAGUAAAUUAGUGACCGCCCGCCCCUGCUUCUUCUAUAGAUAUAUUAAUUUUUGUGCAUUUCAGGCUGGCGCUGUGUGACUUCGUAGACUACGUCCAUUAGGAGACACGAAGCUCGCGAGACGAAUUGAAAAAAAUAAUAAUACACAGACCUCUAUUUUUCACUGAGUAUUUUUUUAUUUCGUCUUGCUUCAGGCGAAGAGCGGCAUCAACGAGAAAGGAGAUGACGGAUGCGACAAGAAGACGGAUCAGACAAGUUUUGAGGGUAUGUUUCAGCCCUUCGGAUGCUGCGUUGUGCGGCUACCAGCGCGAGACAUGCGACCAACGGCGCAGAUGA